AUGGACUGCUUCGGUGAUAAUUUUGAAACCGAACUUUUAGCUGCUAGCGAAUCUCAUUUCAGACCCAUAAAGACUUGCUAUGCAUGCAAAAAGAGCAAAAGAAAAUGCGAUAUGGAGUAUCCUGCUUGCUCUUACUGCCAAACAAAAAAUACAACUUGCUUUGCUUAUAACCCUCGCACGAAAAAGCCUGCUCCCAGAUGCCUAGUGGACUAUCUUCUGAGAAAAGUCGAGUUAUUGUCAGAAACAUAUUUUCGAAUUAAAAAUAUUAGAUAUGAUGAGCUGGAAGAGAACGACGAAGAAUACAGCACAGAUUUAUACAAAUUCAUUGGUGAACCAUUAUUAGACUGUGUAGAGGAGUCUCUGAUCUCAGAACUGAUUACUUGGACCCCUAGUCGCAAAGGAAUACUUUUCUCGUCGUUGUUUUUACGACCGAAUUCGCUACCUGCUCCAUUUUUUGGAGAAACGAUCCACUCAAGGGAAAGAAACCGAAUACAGGCUUCUCCAAUAGACCUCAGGUCUAUACCUAAAAAGUUCUCGGAGUUUCUUAUCAAUAACUACACGGUGUACCAUUUACCUCAGUAUCCAUGCAUUUCUGAAGUACAAUUGAGGACUUCAUACAAUGUAGUUUUUGAUAAAGAACGAGAAGUACCUUCAUUGGAUAUAAUUGUAGUGUCGUUAGCCAUGGCAAUCAGCUCAUGUACAUUAUUAUGGAAAAGUGAAAAGAAAGCGAUUGGGUCAUCUAAUGCUCUCUUUGUCACAGCUAUUCAGCAACUUAGUGCCUUAAAAUGGGAAGACAGCUAUGAAACCUUGACGGUGAUUUUGCUCUUUUGCCAUUAUUCAUUUGCAAACCCAGUAGCGUGUGACACAUGGUAUGCAUUAGGAAUUGCUAGCAGGAUGUCAAUUGCGUUAGGUUUAUUCAGAGAACCAGAUACCUGCGUAGAUCCAUUGGAAUUAGAUACAAGAAGAAGGCUCUUCAUGAUAACACAUUCAAUGGAAAGGGCUCUCUGCUCUCUAGCAAGAGUUCCUUUCUAUCUAGAUAAUAAUUUAGUCACAUCCAAGUUUCCUUCAGUAGUUGCGGAUAAAUAUAUAAGCUCUCAAGGAAUCGAAGUAGAUAAGACUGCUACUAAAGCUGCUGCAAUGCAUUUCUACGAAAUGAGGCUACUAGAAUCUGAAAUAAUUGACGUGCUAUGGUUAGCGAAGGAUAUAUUUCCGCUUACACUUGAUGAUUGGGUAAAGAAUAUAGGAAAUAGGCUUGAAGAAUGGUAUGCAAAGGCACACGAAUUUGAAAAGCUUCAUCAAUUGCAAUUUAGAAGCAUCAACCUUGUAAUUCAAAAAUUAAGAUUGAAAAGAAAAUCGCCAGCAAACAUGAACCCAACAUAUCAACAAAAAGAGGAAACUCUUAAGCUAAUCGAUGAAUUGAUAAAUAUGCACUUAGAGCAUUCUAUAAACUGCAAUCUUAACUACGUUCUCUACGGGGUAUAUUUCACAAUUGAAUGCGCUUCCUGUCUUUUAGAUAUUAUCUGGAAUGACACUGACUGGGUUGUUUCUAAAUAUUCACUUGAUUCAAUCAAGCUUCAAUACCUGAACUGCACAACCUUGCUCUUGAUGUUAUCUAAGAGAUGGCCUGCUGUUACUGAAUGUUAUCAUCAUUUAAAAAAAAUAGGCGGUUGCGUUUUCCAUAAGGCAUAUGGAACUACAGUUAUUGAUAAUAAUUCUUCUUUACGUCAAAAUGAUGAACAAUGGACUACAGAGGAAAUCAACAAGCUACUUUUUCCUUACGGUGAUAACCCAAAAAAAUCUGAAUUAAAUAUCUUUGGUAAAAAUGCAGAGAAUAUUAUGGGUUUAGAACAAAGCAAUGAUUUCUUAUUCUCAGAAGAUAUUGAACAGUUUGAUGCUAUCAAAGUUGGUAUUGAAAACAAUUGGAACGAUGAAUGGAACAUCACUAAUAUUCUGACAUUUUAA